AUGACAAUGGCCGUACACCGCACAGCAUCUCAUGCCAGUUCCAUGGAGAAGCAAUCUACCGCUCAUGUCGAAGGGCAGCCGGCCGAAGAUGAAUACCUCUCUUUGUUUCCCCUCUUGGCCAGCAAAAGCCCUGAGGAACGUCAGCUCAUCGAGAAAAAACUCAAGCGCAAACUGGAUUGGGUUUUCCUGCCGGUUGUCACACUUAUGCUGCUGAUGGGGUAUCUUGACCGGAUCAACGUGGCCAAUGCUCGACUUGCAGGUAUGCAGGACGACCUUCACAUGUCCGACACCAUGUGGUCUGCUGGAAUCUCGCUUUUCUACGUUGGUUACAUCGUCACCCAGCUCCCCGCUACCGUAUACCUCGCCAAAGGCCUGCCACGAUGGCAGAUGCCUGCAUAUGUCAUCGCAUGGUCAGUCAUCACAGCUUGUAUGGCUGCUAUGAGUAGCGGUUGGUCUUUCUUGGUAUGCCGCUUUAUGGUGGGUGUAGCUGAAGGACCGUUUUUACCCAUGGUCAGCUUGGUGACUUCGUCCUGGUACACCAAGGAGGAGGCGCCUUUGAGAAUGGCCAUUUGGCAUGCUGGUAAUAUCGCUUCCAACAUCUUCUCUGGACUUCUCGCGGCCGGUGUUUUGGAGAACAUGAACGGCGUUGCCGGUAUGCGUGCUUGGCAGUGGUUCGUCAUCAUCGAGGGUAUCGUCGGUCUUUUCGUCGCUAUGAUGGGAUUCUGGUGCAUCCCAAACUUCCCUCACAAUACCGGUACAUACUUCAUGACGGCCGAGAUGUCAGAGAUGGCCCAAUACCGAAUGAUUGUCUCUGCAGGAGGACGAUCCGAGGACGACGAAGGCGGUGCCUGGGAAGGAGUCAAGCUUGCUUGUCAAGACCCAUUCACCUGGAUCUAUACAGUGCUUCACUUUGGUCUCAUUGUCGCGCUUUCGUUCAAGGAUUUCUUCCCAUCGAUUGUCAAAACUCUCGGCUACUCGAACCUCAUGACGUACCUCAUCCAAGCGCCACCGUACAUUUUCGCUUACAUCGCCACCUGUGUAAUCUCGUGGUCUUCAGGAAAGCACAUGGAACAUUGUUGGCAUAUCAUUGGUAGCACAGUGGCCUGCAUUGUAGGCGUCGUUAUCAUGAUCUCCACCCUGAACCCAGGUGCCAGAUACUUCGGCAUGUUCCUCUUGUGUGCUGGACCUUUCGUUGGCCUGAAUGUUCACAUCCCUUGGGAAACCACCAACGUCGCCCGCCCUCGUACAAAGCGAGGUGCUCUUGUUGCCAUCACCAACUGCAUCGCUUCAGUCUCUCACUGGUUCACACCAUACUUUUUCCUUCGCUCCCAGGAACCUCGCUAUCAGAACGGUGGUAUUCUGAUCAUUGCAGGCUGUGUUUUGGGCAUCGUCGGUUGCCUUGUCUGCAAAUGGUAUGUCAAGAGACUCAACAAGAAGAUGGAGGCACACGAAGCGGCCAACAACCUGCCAAAGAGGUGGCGCUACGUUGAGUAA